AUGCCACAGAAGAGGAGGAAGGAGAUACAUGAAACGGUUGCACUCGCUGAAGAAUGCAGCGCAACAAUUCAAUGUGAACAUCCCCAGAAAUUGAAAGACCUAGGGAGCUUUUCUAUUUCAUGCAUCAUCAAGGACCAAAAGAUAAACAAGACUUUCUGUAAUCUAGGGGCGAGUGUGAGCUUGAUGCCCUUCUCUUUGUGCAAAAGACUAGGUCUGGGGGACCAAAUGCUCACCACUAUGACUCUUCAGUUGGCAAAACACUCGUGUAGAUAUCCCUUGGGAAUUUUAGAGGAUGUUCUUGUACAAAUUAGAGGAAUUGUGGUGCCAACCGAUUUUGUGAUCUUGGAAAUGGAUGAGGACUCUCAGAUCCCUAUCAUACUUGGAAGACCAUUCCUAGUUACUGUCAAAGUCAUUAUAGAUGUAAAGAUUUACAAGCUUUCCUUCACAGUGGGGAGAAAUAAGUUGGAAUUCAACUUAUCCAAAGUAUCAAGUGAUUUCAUUGAAAACCAAAAAGGAGAGGGAGCGAACUUUGAGCACUUGGAGGAGCAUUUUAACAGACCUCCUAAUACAGAGUCUAAUAUACAAUCUCCAAAGUACAACAAGUACAUUAUUUCAGCUAGAGCCUCAUCAAGAGAAGAAACUAUCAAUUUUGGAACACUUGGAGGAGGGGAAAGGAAUCCCCUCAAAGCUAAAGCUCUGAGUUGA